AUGGGGUGCAACCAGAGCAAGGGUGUCCACGAGCUGCGAAUGAGGAGCGGGAGGUGCGUGAAGGAACAGGUGGGGCAGUCGCCAGAAGGAAAUGGAAACACAUCAGACGAAUUGGCAAUAAACCCAGGAAUGUACGUGCGAAAGAAAGAGGGAAAAAUAGGAGAGUCAUAUUUUAAAAUCAGGAAAUUAGGAAGUGGAGCCUACGGAGAAGUACUCCUAUGUAGAGAAAAAAAUGGACACACAGAAAAGGCAAUCAAAGUGAUAAAAAAGUCUCAAUUCGACAAGACACGAUAUUCAGAAUGUAGAAAUAAGAGUAUUGAAAAUGAAGAAAGUUUUAAUGAAGACAUAUAUAAUGAGAUAUCUCUAUUGAAGUCAUUAGACCAUCCGAACAUAAUAAAGCUUUUUGAUGUGUUUGAGGAUAAGAAAUACUUUUACCUGGUGACUGAAUUCUAUGAAGGAGGAGAGUUAUUUGAGCAAAUCAUUAACCGACAUAAGUUCGACGAGUGUGAUGCUGCUAACAUUAUGAAGCAAAUCUUAAGUGGCAUCUGCUACCUACACAAACAUAAUAUUGUGCAUAGGGAUAUAAAGCCCGAAAACAUCCUCCUGGAAAAUAAAAACAGCUUACUAAACAUAAAAAUAGUCGAUUUUGGAUUGUCCUCCUUCUUCUCCAAAGAUUAUAAGCUCAGGGAUAGACUUGGCACAGCAUAUUAUAUCGCCCCAGAAGUAUUAAAAAAAAAAUAUAAUGAGAAGUGUGAUGUAUGGUCAUGUGGGGUAAUCAUGUAUAUCCUCCUCUGUGGAUAUCCUCCCUUUGGCGGACAAAACGAUCAGGACAUUAUUAAGAAAGUGGAGAAAGGGAAGUACUACUUUGAUUUCAACGAUUGGAAAAAUAUAAGUGAUGAGGCAAAAGAGCUGAUAAAACUCAUGUUGACUUAUGACUUCAACAAAAGGAUAACUGCUAAGGAGGCUCUAAAUAGUAAGUGGAUUUUAAAAUAUGCCGAUAAUAUCAAUAAGAAUGACCAGAAGACUUUGUUCGGGGCUUUGUCUAACAUGAGGAAAUUCGAAGGCAGUCAGAAACUCGCGCAGGCUGCCAUUCUGUUUAUUGGAAGCAAGCUUACCACCCUGGAGGAACGAAAGGAGCUCACGGACAUAUUUAAGAAACUGGACAAGAACGGAGAUGGCCAGCUCGACAAGCGCGAACUCAUCGAGGGCUACAACAUCUUGCGCAGCUUCAAGAACGAGCUAGGUGAACUGAAAGACGUCGAGGAAGAGGUAGACAACAUCCUCAAGGAGGUCGACUUUGACAAGAACGGAUACAUCGAGUACUCAGAGUUCAUUUCCGUCUGCAUGGACAAGCAGAUUUUGUUCAGCGAGGAGCGGCUUCGGGACGCCUUCAACCUCUUCGACACGGACAAGAGUGGCAAGAUCACCAAGGAGGAGUUGGCCAACCUGUUCGGCCUGACCUCCAUAAGCGAGAAAAUUUGGAACGAUGUCCUCGAGGAGGCGGACAAAAACAAAGACAACAUGAUCGACUUUGAAGAAUUCGUGUCAAUGAUGCACAAAAUAUGCGACCACAAGACGCCCUGA